AUGAAGAGAAAAAGUGCUGCAGACUUAUCGAAAAUCAGGAAGAAACUUAGAAAAUUACAAAAAUUAGUGGAUGAUGUGGAUCUGAGCUCUGAACGAUCUGUAUCAUCGUCUGAAUCAGACAUGUCUUCGGGACAAGAAAACAAUGCAGAUUCAAUAAUGCAUGCAUCUGGAUCGGAAUCUCCCCUGGAUCCGAGUUCUGGAACGAAUCCUCCUCCACGGACGGAGGUGGUGACGACUGCACAGGUUCACGUUUCUGCGGAACCACCUGUGUCCAUCGAUCCGGAGAUACUACAAUUAUUAGGCGAGGAUCCAUCGAACCCCAUACAAGCAGGAGUGCCAAUACCGGAGGAGUUAACGAAAAGGUGGUCAGUAUAUUGUUCUUCUGGACUAGAUAAAGAUACAAAAACUCAAAUUAGGGACCAUUGGCCUCUCGCUCCGAACUGUCCAGCCCUGGCUGGACCAAAGCUUAAUAAUGAAGUUGCACCAUUGCUUAAAGAUGCGGCUAUGAAACAAGAUGCCUUCAUACGUAAUCUCCAAGAUAGAGUUGGAUCUGCAAUGAGUGCUCUUGGGGUAGCAAUCAAUCUUCUUAUGUUAGGAAAUUGUGAACAGAAAAACGAUAUAAUAUCCCCCCUUGCUGAUUGCGGAAAAUUCUUGGGUGAGGUUCAUUUUUCACUUGCCAACCAUAGACGGUUUAACAUUCUUCCGAAUGUGGACCCAAACAUGAAAAAGGUUUUGGAGGCCAGCAAAGUGGACACAACUCUAUUCGGUAGUGACCUACCUGAGAGGUUGAGAAUUGCCCAGGAGGAGGCAAAAUCAACCCAAAAAAUCAGAAUAAAAAUCAAACCGUUACAAAAUCCGAAUUUUUUUCACGACCGCAACAACCCGAGGGCGAGAAUGAAAUACAGCGCUCCUCCCCCACCACAACGGACGGCAACAUCAGGACGAGCACCAGCUGUGCGUGCACUCCCAAUGAGGACAGCAGGCCAAGGAAAGAAUCCACAGAAUCACAGAUCGAACCAGAGACAACAACAGAACCAAUGGAGGAGAUAGAGAGAACCACACCCUCUAUGGCAGCGACUUACCCUGGUUGCAGGCAGAGUCUCAGGAAGACUUUUUUGUCAAGGGGAAUACCAGAGGAAGUCAUCAACACCAUGAUCUCAUCUCUUAGUUCAGCGACAUUGAAGCAGUAUAAUACAGUAUAUAAAAAAUGGUGGGAGUUUUGCCAGGAACAGGACUGGGACCCAUAUAAACAGGAAGUAGUUUGUAUUCUAAAGUUUUUAGAAGACAGAUUCAGAAAACAAGAUUCCUACAGUUCAAUAUGUUUGUAUAGAUCAGCUUUAUCAUUAUUGUUUCCAAAGAGUAAGAACAAUGAGGUUAUUAGUAGGUACAUUAAGGGCGUAUUCAAACUCAGGCCCACUUUUCCGAAAUAUCAACAUAUUUGGGAUCCAAACCCAGUUCUUGAUGCACUCAGUACUUGGUUUCCUCUGGAAAACCUCUCUAUAGAAAAAUUGACUAGAAAACUCGUUACAUUAUUAGCCUUAGUCACCGCUCAUAGGGUGCAGACAUUAUCAAUGAUUAAAAUCAGUAAUAUUAGGAACGUUGGUGACACAGUAGUAAUAGAAAUAACUGAUUUGAUUAAAACAUCUCGGCCUAACGUUCCACAACCUAUAAUUGCCUUAAAAUACUUUACACAAAGGCCAGAAUUAUGUGUGGCAUCUACAUUGCAAUUUUAUAUCAACAGUACAAAGAAGUCGAGAAAUGACAAUGAAUAUUUAUUCCUCACUUUUAAAAGACCGCACAGAAGAGCAUCUCGCGAAACGAUUAGCAACUGGAUUAGAACUACAUUAGGUGAAUGUGGUGUUGACAUCGACAAAUUUAAGGGUCAUUCGACAAGACAUUCAUCUACUUCUGCCGCAUUACGCUUGGGAGUAAAUAUUGAUAAAAUAAAGUCUGUAGCAGGUUGGUCGAAAAAUUCCGAAUGUUUUGCGAGAUUCUACAACCGACCUCUUGAAAGAAACCACAAUAGUUUCGAAGAUAUUCUUUUAAAUAAUUGA